CUAGUUCGAUCUCUUUGACAGAUCUGUUUUGUAACCCCUUUUGCUCACUGGAAUUGUGAUUAAACUUUAUUUCAUACUUUCUUUCGCGCUGUAUACAACUUUCAUUACACUUUUCUUUCACAUUGUUCUCCGUUGCCAACAGAAGCAAGAAGCCAGCCAACAGAAGCAACACCGGUCCAACGAAACGCCCGAGCGGCUUCCGGAUUUUUCGGCCGUGAGUGGCUUCCACUCAUGGGUUCGGAAGUGAAGAAGGGACGGUCGACCAGACACCGGACUCCCACUGCCAGAGGACGCGUACCAGCGACCCCACAUUGGGUCCGACUGGAGAGUUGUGCGGUACUGGUGCGGUACCGAGUCGGAGCAUCCUUCGCAGGAGCUCGGAUUCCCGCCCAGAGGCAUGUCAGAGGCACAUGACUGCGCCUGGUGCAUACGGCCCACCAUGGACGUACUGCACUCAUGCUUGCCAUACCGCCUCUCUCGCUGUACGUACGUGUGCUGCUGCACUGCACUCAUACCCGCUGAAGCGGAUAUAUGCGGCGCACACACUGAGCAUACUUGCUCUCUCGUCCCUCUCUCGCUGUAUGACUCAGCGUACGCUCGCGUUGGAUUGAGUCCAGUCUGCGCAUCAUCACACAGCUGAUGGCACACAGCACGUGCUUGCCGCCAGUUGCUUCUUUCACGCCUUGACGAACGCUCAAGAGCUCUUCUAGCAUUCACUUGCUUGUUAGCCAUCAGUGCUUUGUUUUGCUUUCCCUGCUAUUACGCAGCAUUGUUCCCUUUAUUUGUCAAUAAAGCACACUCGUGAUCUCCUCGCGCUUGCCUGUUACAUGACUGAAGUAAAUUAGUUGUUAAGGCUGAUCGUGAGUAAACGUUUUCCGAAGCAUCCUCUUCGGUCGCCGUGCCCCAUAGGGGGCUGCGCGGAACGUACCACUGGGCACCGAGCCAUUAAACUUGAUGUUAAAUUUGUUAAAUCACAUUACUACUUAUAACUAUUACUAUUUACACUGUUCAUUUUUUAUAUUACUUUAUUUCUAAUAUUAAUUCUUAGUAUUAAUUCUUGGGUAGGAUCCCAGUACCCAUUCCAUCUUAGCUGGAGAGUUGUGAGGCGUAUUCCACCCAUCAGGAUAUGAGUUUUUCCUUCCCACAUUCACCGAUCGCCAGCCAGAAUGCGGAGCCGGGUGUUCCCAGCACGCUUCCAGAUGAGAAUUCCGGCCUGACCGCCGCCCGCUCUCCCGCUAGUGUGCACGACGCUCCGCCGCCCCCGGGUGACACUUCCAUAGACGGCCGUAUACCAGCGCCGAACGUAUCGCUUCCGGUCGAACAGGACGACCGGAUGCAGGGCGGUGCGACGGAACUGCCGCCCUGCGGUGGCGACCUGUGGAAUAGCGCGCUGGACGCCUUUAUUGAGGGGAUGCAGCAGCUUGACUUGGAGGAUGCCGACGACACCGAGCCCGGCAAAGGGAACAAGCGCACCAUGAAGAACCCGCAGCCGACGACGUCGCCGGAUGCACCGACAGUGGAUUGGGCCACCGUUGACCACUGCCUGCAGGCGUUGCUGCACGUUGGAUACUGCCGGGAGACCGUUUGCAGCCAGCCCGGCUGUGACAAGAUGAAGAUCCUCCUCUGCCACACCAAGACCUGCCCACAUAAACCCGAAUUGCAAUGUUCGCUCUGCUGGCCGCUGAUCGCGGUGUGCUGCUAUCACGCUAAGCAGUGCCACGAGCCUCAAUGUCUCGUGCCCUUCUGCCAAGUGAUCCGCGCCAAGUGGGAACUGCAACGCCAGCAGCAGGAGAUCCAGCGGCAGCAGUUUAAUCGGCGCCGCGCGGCCAUCAUGCAGCGUAUCAUGCCGGGGACCAUCGACGCGACGCAGGGCGUGGCGUAUGUCGUCAGGGUGCCCAUUCCGCAGCCGGAACAGCAGCGCAACAGUUUGCUCGUCCAAUCUCUUCCGCCGCCGUUGGAAGGUAUGCCGGCGCCCUCGGGACCGCGGAUGGACGGUCAGUCCGUGACGGCGUUGGAGUUAAAGGCUCCGUCCAGUACCAGCACCCUGCCGGCGAAGGAUGGCGGCGUUCAGGGCUCCCUCCCCGGGACAUCGGUGGCGUCGCCGGCCGACAUCCUCAGCAGCCUCAUAUCGUCGCUAUCGACUACCUCUCCGCUGGACAAUCAUCCGCAGUUCGUGCCGCAGCCGGUGGCCGUCAAAGAGUGGCAUGUGCAGGUGUUCGGCCCCGACGGGCGGGCCCGUGCUGAUUCAUUACGGAGGCAUAUGAUCGAAAAACUUGUACAAGCCAUCUUCCCGCACAAAGACCCGUCGGCCUUGACCGACCGGCGCAUGGCCAACCUCAUCGGCUACACCCGCAAACUGGAGGCGGAAAUGUACGAAGAGGCUAACACCCUCGAAGAAUACUACCAGCUGCUGGCCGCAAAGAUCUACAAAAUCCAGCAGGAGCUGGAGGAGAAACGCCGGAAGCGGCGGGAGGAGGCCCGGCUGCGUCUCGCGGGGGCGGGCGGAAUGGGCGGCGGCGUCCUGCCUUCCGUUUAUUCCCCGGCCAGUAUGGAGCUGCUGGUCCGCCUCCGCGAUUUUUUGCAGGACAUUCCUGUACUGAUGUUUAGCGGGGGGAAGAAGGCCCGGAUGGAGGACCCCGGCGACGGGAGGGAAGGACAGCCGGCGCAGGACGCUGUGCAGCCUCGAUAAGCUUCCCGUACUGGUGCCACGUCCCGACAUUAUAUCCUUUACUGGGAAUUGCCGGUGUCCGUGCUGUCAUCAUUAUUAUCCAACGUAACCCGCAUUUCCCAUACCGAGGACUAGUGGAUCGGUUCAACUAGGAUGCCAAAGUAUUUAAUAAUGGUCUCAUUUUAGCUGCUAAGGUAAUAAUUACAGCACAGCGUACAAAACUAUAGCAGUGACGUAGCGCUACUAGCGCAUGGAAAUUUGGAAUUAUGUCGUGCUCACCGGUACAGCGGAAGCGGUCAUUUCCUAACAAGCAUUUUGCCUUUAUCAAUUUUCUGGAGAUCAUGAAUUUUUAGUUUAGCCGACGCAACAAAUGUGCGAAUAUUGUGGUUAUUUAAUACGUUUUAUACAGUGAAGACUUAUUAACCGGGUCUUAAUUGCACUAAUUUGGAUUUGGUUGAAAUUGUUUUGCUGGCUGUUUCCUUAAGAAGUUUGCUGCUGUUUUUUGCUGUUUCCUUAAGGUUACUAACUGUAGUAUAAAACUAAAUAUAAACUGUUUAGGCAUAUGGAUUAUGCACAUUAGUCUGACGGAGAGAUCAGUACGAUAGAA